AUGGCAGCACACAUGGUCACCCUGAACAGGACAGAUCACGCGUUCUGCAUGUACUCAGCUGUGACGUCACGUGCGGAGCCUUUGCUCUCUGACUUUGUGAAGGGUGUAUUUGCAGCGGGUUUCUCGCCGGUGGCCGACCGGACCUGGUUCCAAGCGCUGAAGACGACGCUGACACGGACCAUGAGCGUGCACUUGAAGACGGUCGACGAUGUGCUUGAUGUAUACUCGGCGACUUUUCUCCUUCGCAAGCAGUUCAAGCUCGUACUGGCCGUACUCGGCUGGUUGCCCGAGUCUGAAAACGCCGCGCACCUGCACAAGGCUGUCGACACCAUCUUCUACUCGCGCAACUGGAUCUCCCACGGCUCACUGCGCCUAGGUGAGGCCGAGCGCGCCGUCAACGCGCUGAAGCAUAUACUGCGCACCAUAUCGCCUUUCCGGCUGGAAUCUGUGCUUGAAGCAGUGCGUGGUGUCGAAGAGAAGUAUGCCCCAACACCGCUGGCCGACGUGACCGGCGUGCUGGCGCAGGUGUGCGCCGGACUGGUCGCCAGGCCGUCUGAAAUCGACGCGCUAGAGUGGGUGAAGGACCAAGCGGAUGAGGUGACUCUGUCCGAUGUCGAGUACGCGUAUGUGGUGAUGCGCCGUGGCUUUGCGGAGCUAUUCAACGCGUUCCGUUCUGUACUCCAUGAUUGCCGAAUCACCAAACCUGACGAGGCGCAUGUGCUCUGCUGCUUUGACUGCAAAAUGAUGGUGCUCAAGUGCCGAGACUUUCCUUUCGAUACCGAGGCGCAGCUGAGUAACAGCGAACGAGCGAGCAAGGAUGCCUUGACUACUCACUUGGGCAAGGAAGGGUGCACCGCGUGCGCCGAGACGGUCGCAUGGUGCUGCCACGAUGUGGCCUCGCUCAAGAAUCACCUCGACAAAUGUACCAUUGGCGACUCGGCAUGUGGCAACGGCAUGGGCGAUCUAACCAUUGAUCUAAUGGCACUCGUCAAGCAGCGCCAUAACAUGGCGCACGGUAGUGCUGACGCAACGGGAUGGGUCGUCCUCAACCGUCUGGGUGCGCUGAAGCGGGUACUCGACGCGCUGGCAACCAGGACAUACCUUUCCGACGACCGUGCAUCGCAUGUUGGCGCAUGCGCCGCAAGUGUCGCGAACGAGAUGGACCAGCUCACGAGCGUGCUGCGCGACUCUGUAGGUGGAUGCGUGGAGGAGCGCAUUGAGGCGGUGUUGGAGCAGCUCGGGUCAAGCUUUCAGCCUGUCGUCAUCAAGUGCCCUGUGGUGAAGGCAACACCACUCCCAACGAACAUCGACGCGGCACAGCACGCCCUGGGCGGAUGUCUCGUUUGCGUCUGGCAUGGCAAGAUACCGCAGUUGUCAGACGGCGCAGCCAGAGACACCAUGCUCACCCAGCUCCGCGUGCUGCGCGUCGCAGUCGCCAAAGAGCGCAAGACGUACCGUUUGCGCAGCUUGACUGAGAUUGCGGCCAAAAUCCACGAGCUGGCGAACAAGAGCAAGACCGACAAAGCCAGAGCUGAUCUCGAGAGCAUGCUUCAGCUGGUGGGCGUGUCGACUGAGAUGUCGGAUGACGAAUUGGGCGAGACUGUGCUAAGCUGGAUAGACUCGCUCGACGUCUGUGUCUGCCAUGCACCCGUGCGCUCAGCGAUCGUUGAGCCGGCCACCUGCUCGUGUGAGAAGGAGCUGCUUGCAUUGGUGCCGAAGCGCGAGCGCGCGUUGUUUGGACGAGAUCGCAUCCAGGCGGCUUGUGUGGCGCUCAAUGACGACGAACUCCCGACGAAGUUUGCGAGGCUGGCGACUUUUCUGCAGGCCAUGGACUGCGAGGUGGCUCGGGAUGUGUUUGCUAGAUCUGGCAAGGUGAUUGCCCGCGUUAUGGCGAUGAGGACUACGGUGCCGUUCGGAUUUUUGCGGCGCGAGAUCGCUGGCGUGGACGCAAAGUACGUUGGUCGGCACGACAAGGUGAAGCAGCUCACAGACGCUUUCGAGGCCGCCGCCGCUUCUGAUGGCCGCGGGCCGGUUCAAGCAUUCAUGGUGUGCGGCGAGACAGGAAUGGGCAAGACAACGACGGUCGUUGAGGCGCUGCGACAACAUCACCGCAAUGGGCGCGUGUUGGCGGAGAAGGGAAAGUGGGUGCUGCACAUGCGUGUGCAGGGGCGGAUGGUUCACGAAGCACUCGAUGAGCUUGCGGCGAUUGCUCGUGAGCAGCGCGCCGCACUUGGUGUGGCAGCAGACGUUGUAGACGACGGCGAGUAUGUGGAGAGCCUGGUGAAGUUCUGCCGUCGCGAUGAGACGGUGUGGGUCCUCGUUGUUGACGAUGUCUUGGCCUGCAGUGUGUGGAAUGAGAUCUGCGGCAAGUUUGCUGGUGUGCCCGGCGGUGUAGUGGUGGGUACAUCGCUUGCGGACGAGUCGGUCUGGGCCGAAGCGGCCGUUGACAUUGUGCGGCUGGAGCCGCUCACCCGUGAUGAGGCCAAGGUGCUUGCCAAGCGGGUUGGGCUUGACCUCGAGCCUGAUGUCUGGGACGAAGUUGCAGCGUUCUGUGACAAGACAUUGCAAAACCUGCCGCUCGCGGUGCGGCUGUUUUUCACCCAGGCAAGAAACCGGUGCGGAGUUGAAAUCCAGAGCCUAAUGCAGGACCCUGUGUUUGUUCUCGAGGGCGGCGAGGAGCAUUUGCGCGGGGUACUCGGGACGAUGCGCUUGGCGCUGCGUGGACUGGAUGACAACGCCCGCGGGAUGAUGGCUGUACUUGCAGUGAUUGAUGUCGAUCGCGUACCUACGUUCCUGCUCGACGGACGCGUGAUCGACGGUCUUGUAAUGGAACCUGUGGAUGGCGUUCCGCUGUCGAAGGGGUUGGCGGCUGACCGCGCGGCACUGGUGCUGCGCCAGGAGGGGCUUGUGCGACUUAUGAGCGACGAACGUGGGCGUGUGUGGUACCAGACCCACGCACUGAUUCGCGAGGCUGUGCGUGUGGCUCUAGGUGGCGAUGUUGUGAGCAAUGGUGGGGUAGUGGCGAGUCGGCUGAUCGGCGCGCGCGUGAAGUACGACGGUGAACGCGUUCCGGAGUUGGUGUUUGGCGAACUGGCCGACGUUCUGGAGACGGUCUGGCGGGCGAACUGGCCAGAAGCAGAUGUAUGGGUGUUGUCGGUUGGUGAGCGGCUGGCACACGCGCAUGUCAUGCUCGAUCGCGUCAUGGGGUGGGCCGACGCGGGAGUCGCGCGACAUGACAAGGACGAAUGCUCCCUGGUGUCAUUCCGCAACUUGCGUGGCCGGGUCCACCAAUCACGGGGCCAGUACGGUGAGGCGCUGGCCGAGUACCGUGCAGUGCUUGCUGUGGGCGAGCGGGAGGACGUACUCGGCCCCGAGCAUCCAUCGACGCUGACGACGCGGCACGGCAUUGCUGGCGUGCUGGAAGCACAGGGCCAGUACGCCGAGGCGCUGGCCGAGUACCGUGCAGUGCUUGCUGUGCAAGAGCGGGAGGACGUACUCGGCCCCGAGCAUCCAUCGACGCUGACGACGCGGCACAACAUUGCUGUCGUGCUGGAAGCACAGGGCCAGUACGCCGAGGCGCUGGCCGAGUACCGUGCAGUGCUUGCUGUGCGCGAGCGGGAGGACGUACUCGGCCCCGAGCAUCCAUCGACGCUGACGACGCGGCACGGCAUUGCUGGCGUGCUGGAAGCACAGGGCCAGUACGCCGAGGCGCUGGCCGAGUACCGUGCAGUGCUUGCUGUGCAAGAGCGGGAGGACGUACUCGGCCCCGAGCAUCCAUCGACGCUGACGACGCGGCACAACAUUGCUGGCGUGCUGGAAGCACAGGGCCAGUACGCCGAGGCGCUGGCCGAGUAGCGUGCAGUGCUUGCUG